AAUUCUGAAACCCUAGCUAAUGGAGCCUGCAAAUCUCCAUCACCACCACCAUCGCCAGCUUCAAGUUGUUGCCUCUUCCAGUUCUUCUUCUUCCUCCUCCUCCUCUCCGCCUAAUCCUCCCUCCGCCGCCACCGCGGCCACCACCACCGCCUCAACGAGUUACUAUGGAGCAGCUCCAACAACCGGCGGAGGAGGAGGAGGCUGGACCCAGAACUUUACUUUGCUGAUGAUAAACAACAACCACCACCACGACUUGAGCUUCCAGUGGAACAUCAACUCCGGCUGCUUCACCUCCAUCAAGGACGUCGUCGACGAAGGAGGAUGCUCGUCGACGUCCCUCUCGUCCUCCACGACGUCGUCGGACCCUUUCCCUAGGUUCACCGACAUGCUAAUCAGCUCCGCCGACGAAACCUCCUCCUCCUCCGCCAACGAUCUCAGCGAGAAGCUCCUCCUCAAGACCAUCUCCGGCUUCCCCGCCUACAACUACCACGGAGGAGGAGGAGGAGGAGUGAUGCCGUUUAACAAUUCAUCAAAUUUUGGUUCGAAUCGUGACUACUUUAUGCUGCCGGCGGCGAGAGUUGGCGGGAGUGGGAGUGCUACUACGACGGCGAGUAGCUUCAUUUAUCCUAGCAUCAACGUGUCCAGCCUCAGCCAACAAACGGCGCCGUUGGAUAUGAACAUGCAAGCACUGGAUCUCUUGACCUCCUCCUCCAAUCACAGUCUGAUUGGAUCGGAUAUGAGGGUUGAUCAUCAUCAUCAUCCUAAUUAUGGUUCUGUUGAUGAUAAUCAUCGUCAUCAUCAGGAGAAUCUAAUGAUGCGCCAAUAUUGUUGCCCUAGCAAUGAUACCAAGGUGUCCUCUGGGAGCUCAUCCACGGCGUCGUUUAACAAGGAAACGACAACCAAGAGUGCACCACCACCAACGACGGAGGCGAAGAGAAGCAGCAGCGGGUCGUCGCCGUCGAAUGAUGCGACGGCGGGAAAGUCCACGUCGACGCAGCAGCAGGGAAGUAGUGGAGGAGCCAAUAAGAAGUCGAGAUUGGACCAGCCGCGUGCCUCUUGCCCUCCCUUUAAGGUAAGGAAAGAGAAGCUGGGUGAUAGAAUCGCGGCCUUGCAGCAGAUGGUUGCCCCUUUUGGCAAGACGGACACAGCGUCAGUGUUAAUGGAGGCUAUUGGAUACAUCAAGUUCCUCCAAAACCAAGUUGAGACUUUAAGCGUCCCGUACAUGAAGCCGACACGCAGCAAGCCCAACAGGCCCAUGCAUUUCCAAACGGGAGAGAUACUUGGAAAUGGAGAGCCGACGAACCGAGACCUAAGAAGCCGAGGCCUAUGCCUCGUUCCGCUGUCCUGCAUGUCCUACGUGGCCAGCAUCGACGGUGGAAGCAUCGCCGGAGCCAUGUGGCCGCCGCCGCCUCCUAAUUUCGGCGGCGGGACAUUUAAUUAAACCUGACACACGGGCUUAUUGUUGUUGAUGGAGCAACAUUGGUCGACCCAGAAGGGGCGGACCAAAUUUGAUCCAUUGAUGUAAGAGAAAAACGGCCCAAUUGAUCUCUCUCCUCCUCCCCUAACAUAUUUGAUCAAUUUCAACAUUGGGUUUUUUUCCCAUUAUAUUUAUGAUCCGCUGUCAAAAAAAAAAAAUUAUAAAUCAAAAUCUUAUUAUUGUUAUUAAUAUUAUAACCGACUUCUCCGUGCCGGGGUAAAAUUAUUGAUAUAUUCUAAUGAAAGAUUCCAGCAGGCUGGAGUUUUUGGGGACGGGAAUCUUGGCGUUGUGUUUGCUUCUGCACCGUUUGCCGAUUGCCGUCACGGAAAUUUGUUUGAAAUAAAAAUAAAUAAAACACAAAAGGGCCGACUGGAGGAAGAAGAAACGGAAGACGCACUGUUUUGGACUUUGGAGUGCUGGUGAAAUGGAACGGUGACGUUCUGAAGCUGCCAACUCUGCACUAAUGGAUAAAAAGUGCGUGGGCCGUGGACAACUUGAUCGUCUCCAUCAAUCGCCGGCCGGUCCCCACCGCCGGCUGCCAAUCAUUUUAGGCUUAACCAUCGGUGGGUCAGCAAGUUAGAAUUCAUUUAGUCUAAUUUUGUCUCCUCGUUAAUGGUUGGUGGUGGCUGGAGUUUGAACUUCUUAUCUUGUUACUUCCUUCCGCUCCUACUGAUUACUUUUAUUUAUGAAGCUCCCCAGCUUAUCUAAACCUUGAUGCUUACUGAACAAUUAUGUGAUUCUUGUUUUGUUAAUCAAG